AUGGCCGCUAUAAAUGUCGCCCUGGAGGACACUGCGGAAGAUGGAGACCCUCGAGACCAGCUGACACGAAGUCCAAAUGACGCGUCUGAUGUCGCUGCUCUCGCGACGUGUCUCCACGAUGUGCUGGACGGGGACGAUGAACGGGUGGAUGCUGUGCGUCGUCAAUUCGAAGAAGAUCUCGGCGUCUACUCCGUUGGUGAAGCAUGGGAACUGUUCCGAGGGAAUGUACCGGGCCUUACCGUCUCGGACGCGAAAUCCCUCUUGUUCAAGAUCAAAACGGCAUCGGAGGGGGCCGUGGAGGAUCAGGGACACAGGGACGCGGAGACUGGCACCGUCGAGGACGCGGCGGAACUGUGGUCCCGAUGA